AUGGGUAGACCCCCUCGACCGCAGAGUUUAUUCACUCCCACAAAGGAAGAGGUACGCGAGACAGCCCUGCGUGUUGUCAACAUCCUCGAGCAAUAUGGACUCUCUUGCUGUAUGAUCGGAAGCGCCGCGACCUCCGCCUGGGGCGCGAGCCGCACACCUAAAGACGUCGACAUGGUGAUCAUGACCCGCUCACACAGCCAAGAAGAUAUCAAACGCCUCAUUACAACCUCAGACUCCACCUUCUAUCUCGUAUCCUCCACCAAUCCUCGCAACUCUUACAAAAUACUUUGGCAUCGAUAUCCAUCUAUCUCUCGCGCAGGCCUCGCGAUCAAGAUUGACAUCCUCGUCCCUCCAACUCUCAAUAUUCCCUUUGUCGAGCCACAUCUUAUCACCACUCGUGACUCACUCCCGAUCAUGCCCCUCCUGCCCUUGUUACUGCUGAAACUGCAAGGUUGGGACGACCAUCGACUCUCUGCGUAUGAUAACCAGAGGAUAAAGAAAUAUGUAUACGCGGAAGAUGUUGAGGAGCUUCUGGUUAUCGCAUUGAGAGAGGGGGUUGGAAGGUACGAUGACACAUGGCUGCCGAGUACCUUUACGACGCGAGGCGAGUUGCGGAUAAGCUCGUUUGUGAGAGAGCAUCCAGGGACGAGAGGCUCUUGGAGACAAAUAGGGUUUCGAUGUUGA